AGCCCUAAGUAGUCGCUAGGUGGAAUCACUACAGCUGUGGCACUUCCUGGUCAGCAGUGACUUCCAUUAGAAAUAUUCGUUCCCGAAUGUUCCACUCGUUAACUAUCAGACUAUACGUCCUCGGGUUUUAAUAUCAUUUACCGCUACAACACAAAGAGGAUUCCUUGUCGUUUAAGUCAGCAAACGUUGGUUAGUUGCUGAGCUAACGUCAACGUUUGCUGUGUCGGCGCCAUGUCCGCCUCUGCCGGAUGCUCCCCGGCGGGCCACGGCUCGGCCCUCAGCCCGGGGAUGUCGGUGUUCCGCUGGCUGGAGGUGCUGGAGAAGGAGUUCGACAAGGCCUUCGUGGACGUGGACCUGCUGCUCGGGGAAAUAGACCCGGACCAAGUGGACAUUACGUACGAGGGCAGGCAGAAGAUGACCAGCCUGAGCUCCUGCUUCGCUCAGCUGUGCCACAAAGCCCAGACUGUUUUCCAACUGAACCACAAACUGGAGGCCCAGCUCGUAGACCUACGCUCUGAGCUGACUGAGGCUAAAGCGGAGCGGGUGGUGGUGGAGAGAGAAGUCCAUGACCAACUUCUGCAGCUUCACGCUCUCCAGCUGCAGCUCCAUGCCAAGCAAGGUCAAGCUCCAGAGUCUGACUCCAUCAAACAUCGACUGCCUGCCUGUACAUUGGAACAGAUGGAACAGGAGCUUGAGGCCAGCAAGAAGGAGAAAUUGUCUGAAGCGAGACUAGAGGCUGACGUUAGACUGUACAAGAAAGAAAAUGAGGCUCUUCGCCGUCACAUGGCUGUACUUCAGGCUGAAGUGUACGGCGCUCGACUCGCUGCCAAGUACUUGGACAAGGAACUGGCUGGCAGGGUGCAACAGAUCCAGUUACUGGGCCGUGAUAUGAAAGGGCCGGCACACGACAAGUUGUGGAACCAAUUGGAAGCUGAGAUCCACCUUCACCGCCACAAAACUGUCAUCCGAGCAUGCAGGGGGCGCAAUGAUCCAAAGAAACCACUUCCCUCGCCUGUUGGACAUGACACAGACAUGCUGAAGAAAAGUCAAGGAGUGGGUCCUAUCAGGAAGGUGUCCCUAGUCAAAGAGGACCAUGAAGGUCUGGGGAUCUCCAUCACGGGGGGAAAGGAGCACGGUGUUCCUAUUCUCAUCUCCGAGAUCCACCCAGGCCAGCCUGCUGACAGAUGUGGUGGUUUGCAUGUUGGAGACGCCGUCUUGGCGGUUAACAGCAUUAACCUGAGAGACGCCAAACACAAGGAGGCUGUCACCAUUCUCUCCCAGCAGUCGGGGCAGAUCGAGUUCGAAGUGGUGUACGUGGCUCCAGAGGUCGACAGCGAUGACGAGAACGUGGAGUAUGAAGAUGACAACGGCCAUCGCUACAGACUCUACCUGGAUGAGCUGGAGGAGAACGACAAUGGGCCGCCUAAUGGUGGCUCAGCAUCGUUACAAGCUGCUCUGGAGAAGAUGUCAGUGAACAAGAGUGCGGAGAACGGCGAUGCAGGACUCUGCAGCGAGACGCCAUCAGAGGAGACUCCCUCCAUGCCUCCCGACGCUCAGACCUCCUCGUAGAAGACGACCGGCUGGGUGGAACUUGGUCAUCCUCCUCCUCCUCCUGCUGGUCACUUACUGGUGACCACAAAGUGGGCGUAACAGUCGGCAAUGUUGUUCCUCAGCUCCUCAACGCCUUUCCUCAGCUGGCCGACCUCGGUCACUUUCAACGUCGCUUCCUCCUGCACGUCCACGCUCUUGCUGUCCUCUGCAGGAACGUUGAAGGCUACGCACGCACGCACGCACGCACGCACGCACGCACGCACGCACACACACACACACACACACACAGACAGUUAAAAUGGAGGCAUAAUGCCUAGUUUUUUUUCUUCCUGACCAAGUGAGUGAAAACUGCCAGUUGUGAGCAUACUUGCCAACAUGGAGACCUCCGAAUUCAGGAGGAGGCGGCGGCGUUGUUGGUGUGUGUGUGUGUGUGGGGGGGGGGUUAUAUUGUAGCUCCCACUAAGAACGAGCCAAUUUUUAUAUGUUAGAAUGCAAAAAGAAAAACAACAACCUUUAUCUUCUUCUCUCUCAUAAUUAGAGACGUCAUAUAAUGGCUUUUUUGCCAAUAUCCAGUAUUGUCCAACUCUUACCGAUACCAAUAUAUACAGUCGUAGCAUUAACACAUUAUUAUGCCUAAUUUUGUUUAACAUGCUUCAAAACAGCAGCUUGGAAUUUGGGACAUGCUCUGCCUGAGAGAGCAUGAGGAGGUUGAGGUGGGUUGUAGCAGGGGGUGUAUGUGGUAGCGUCCCGGAAGAGUUAGUGCUGCAAGGGGUUCUGGGUAUUUGUUCUGUUGUGUUACGGUGUGGAUGUACACAUGAAAUGUGUUUGUCAUUCUUGUUUGGUGUGGGUUCACAGUGUGACGCAUAUUUGUAACAGUGUUAAAGUUGUUUAUACAGCCACCCUAAAGUGUGACCUGUAUGGCUGUUGACCAAGUAUGCCUUGCAUUCACUUGUGUGUGUGAAAAGCCGUAGAUAUCAUGUGAUUGGGCUGGCACGCAAAGGCAGUGCCUGUAAGGUUUAAUACAUAUAUAUAUAUAUAUAUAUAUAUAUAUAUAUAUAUAUUAAUAUAAAGAUCCCAAGUCCGUGUACAACUCUGUACAGCGGCGUUUUUAAAAGUCAUAAAUUUUAAGUUUUUGAAACAGAUACCGAUAAUUUCCGAUGUCACGUUUUAAAGCAUUAUUCGGCUGAUUAUAUCGGCAGUCUGAUAUUAUCGGACAUCUCUAGUUAGAAUAAUACAUGAAAGAUACAUACAGUGAUUACAAAUAUUUGGAGGCAGCCACCACAGUUGACAGACUUCACACAAAAGUCAUAAUUUCUUUCAAAAUGAGGGUAAUAAGUUGCGCCUUUGGUUGCGUGUUCGAGUGCUUACUGGUCGCUAAGCACAUCAUGGAUGUAAAUAAAUAAAUACAUGGGUUGUACUUGUAUAGCGCUUUUCUACCUUCAAGGUAAGCGCUUUGACACUACUUCCACAUUCACACACACAUUCACACACUGAUGGAGGGAGCUGCCAUGCAAGGCGCUAACCAGCACCCAUCAGGAGCAAGGGUGAAGUGUCUUGCUCAGGACACAACGAACGUGACGAGGUUGGUUCUAGGUGGGGAUGGAACCAGGGACCCUCGGGUUGCACACGGCCACUCUUUCACUGUGCCAUGCCGUCCCGUAGCAUCAAAUAUGGCUACAGAAUUAUACUUUCACUAAAUAAAAGCAUGUUUUAUUGUAAGUUUAUGAGCUGGUUUGUUUAGAACUAUAUAUGUUAUUUUGGUUUAUUUCUUUAGAAAAAUCUAAUGUGGUGGUAAUAAAAUGAAGUAGAUUGGAAGACAAUUGCAGAUUUGAGACACUAGAUGGCAGUAUUGUAUAAACUAUUGAACACACCUUGGAAAGCAACUCAUUAAACCCGCUGCAUGUCUGCAUCAAAACUAAAGACGACGUUCUGUUAAAUAGUUGAUAUUGCAGUUUCUCUUCUCACUCCAUGCAGAGAAUCCACAACAAGUAAGAAAGACGGCGCAAUGACACUUUCGUUGGGACUAGCGUGUGUGUGUGUGGUUCUUUAAACUGGCAAGUUUGUCGGGUUGUGUCCUGCAGAAAUAAGAACAAAGCCACCAAAUUGUCAGAAAUCUAUGGCCUCUUAGCAGGCCCAUUGUCGGGUAACCUAGGCGACAAAGUCACUUGCUUAGUGGCCUAGUGGUCAAAGUGUCCACCCUGACCACGGUAGGUUGUGAGUUCAAACCCCGGCCGAGUCAUACCAAAGAAUAUAGAAAUGGGACCCAUUACCUCCCUGCUUGGCACUCAGCAUCAAGGGUUGGAAUUGGGGGUUAAAUCACCAAAAAUGAUUCCCGGGCGCGGCCUCAGCUGCUGCUCACUGCUCCCCUCACCUCCCAGGGGGUGAAUAAGGGGAUGGGUCUAAUGCAGAGGACACAUUUCACCACACCAAGUGUGUGUGUGUGUGUGACAAUCAUUGGUACUUUAACUUUAACUUAAAGUGAAAGGUGUUACCCCUGGUUAUUAUGCAGGUUACAGGAAGUUAAAUGAAGUAUUGUUGACGGUUUUUGAAUGGAUUUUUAAAGUGAUUUAAAGGUAGAUUUGAUUGCUCCCAUUACUUGGUCACUGAGAACGAGACGAUUUUUAAUAUGUUAGAAUACAAAAAGUAAAAAAGAAACCCUUUGUCUUCUUGUCUCUCAUAAUUAAGGAUGUCCAAUAAUGGCUUUUUUGCCGAUAUCCGAUAUUGUCAACUCUUACCGAUACCGACAACAACCGAUACCGAUAUAUACCCUCGUGGAAUUAACACAUUAUUAUGCAUAAUUUUGUUGUGAUGCCCUGCUGGAUGCAUUAAACCAGUGGUCCACAACCUUUUUGUAGCUUUUGUCCCACGGAUCAGGGUUUUUAUUUUUAUUUUUAUUUUUUUUUUUUUUUCAUAAAGAAAUACAAUCGUGUGCUUGUGGACUGUAUCCCUGCAGACUGGAUUGAUCUAUAUUGAUAUAUAAUGUAUAUAUUGUAUUUUUUUAUGUUGAUUUAAUAAUAAUAAAAAAAUAAGAAUUUUA